AAUCUAUAGGUCCUCGCCAGUUUUCACCCAGGUGAGAAAGAGGUAGGACGGAGAAGAGAAAAGGAGAGAGAGUGACCAUGAAAACCCCAAAGAACACAAACACUUUGGUCUUCUGUCAAACUGGGGACUUUCAUGGAUCCGAGCUUCAUCUGUAAUGGAGGUCAAAGGAGGUUAAGAAGAGCGGAGGGAAAGCGGCAACAUGGAUCAUUUGGAUGAAGCAAAGGAUCUCUUCCACUUCAGGUAGAAAUCUGGAGAAAAUAAGUUGGACUGGAUAUGAUACAGCUGAUGAUUCAACGCUAUUUGAGACAAGAAAACCUAUGGAGGUCACGUCAGUGGUCAGAAAUGUAUUGAAAGUGACUGAACUAAUCCCUAUAAGGAGACUCCCUGGAAUCUUGUGCAACUGAAGUCGACUUCAAGCAAACCUCGCCUCGGCACUUUGUCACGAUUUUGGAGAGUGGAGGGCAUUAGUCCUGGGGAUCACAAUCGACUGGAAGCUCCUUCGAAUCGUCACUGAAGCUGCUGGCAUUGUUCAUCUACCUUGUCUUCUUAUUGGAUUAAAACACAUGUCACCUAUCGCAUAUCAAUGCUGUUUCUUGGCUUCACAGCUUGUAUACAAGUUGGUUUUUACCUGCAUUGUCUGGAAGAAAUUGCUGUAUUUUCUAUGAGAACAAGUUUGUUUUACAGGCAUGUUUUGGGACUCAUUUUCGAAAAUAAUUACUGUAUUUUCUAUCAGAAGCCAUCUGUUCUACACAUCACAGCAUGACAUGUUCGUACCGACUUUAAAAGCUUUUGAAAUUGAAUGCAAUGUCCUUGGAUCUGUGAACCUGCCAUGAACUGCACGACCAACGCCACCAUCACUCCUCAGCUGGGCCUCGUCCUGAGCCCAGGGGCUGAAAAUGGAGGGACUCAGGACAGUAGUGGUGGUGGAGGCGCUGGUGGUGGACUUUGGGUGACAUCUCUACUUGGUGUAACUCUGAUGUUCAUGUGUGCCAUGGGUGUGGCGGGCAACAUGUACACGCUCGUCAUCACGCGAUCGGCUGCCUUGCGUAGAAAUGGCUCGAUGUACGUUUACAUCGUCAACUUGGCUCUGGCGGAUCUCCUCUACUUGUCCACCAUCCCCUUCGUCGUUUGUACUUACUUCGCCCACGACUGGCUGUUCGGAGAGGCGGGAUGUCGCAUCCUGCUGAGCCUCGACCUCCUCACCAUGCACGCCAGCGUCUUCAUCCUGGUCGCUAUGAGUCUUGAACGCUACCGUGCCGUGGCGAGACCUUUCAGCGCUCACAAGUCCUCGACUCGUAAACGGAGGCUAGCUGCGUGGGUUAUCUGGGGGUUAGCUUUCGUGCUAACGCUCCCCAUGAUGGUGAUGAUCCGCCUCAGAGAGGGGAAACCGACCGCGAGUGGAAUGGUGAAGAGGAUCUGCUUCCCUACGUGGACGUAUGAGGCCUUCAAGGCUUACAUCACCGUGCUGUUUCUGACCAGUGUUUUAGUUCCUGGAUUGAUAAUCGUCGGGCUAUACGUGGGGCUAGCUAGCCGCUACUGGGCGGUUCAGGCUAGUUUUGGAGGCAGCAGCCGUUCUGCCAACAGGAGAGGACUCAAACAGAAAGUUGUGUCCAUGAUCUUCAGCAUCGUGGUGGCAUACUGGGCGUGUUUCCUGCCUUUCUGGGGAUGGCAGCUAGCCAAACUCUUCUCUCCAGAGUCCCUCAGUGCUUUGUCUCCGGCGGCGCAUAAUUACGUGAAUUUCUUCGUCACGUGUCUGACGUACGGGAACAGCUGCAUCAAUCCAUUUCUUUACACUCUCCUGACCCGAAACUAUAAAGACUACUUGGCGCAGAAAAGUCAGUCCGUGGGAUCGAGCAGGGCUGACCCCGUGUCAGCCGUGACGACGCCACUGCAGGAACUUUAGUGGAUGAAUAAAUACCCGCUAAGCAUUGACACCCAAGU